GCUGACCGGAAGCUGACUACCAUUUACAGGUUGACAACGGUGGGAGAUGUACGAUCAACCCAUGACGGUUAAGCAACACAACACAGGGUCAUCGCAAGUGUUUAUUAGGAAGUACAACGUAGCAAGAAUCAGCGAGCAAAGCUGAGGAGCAAGAACACAUAAGCGUGGGCAAGAAGCGCGGAAGGCGCGGAGCAAGCUGCACCAAGACCAAUUUCAAGUUGUUUCUGACCGUGAGAUGCGGUCGGUAAAAUGUAGGAAAAUAGGAUUGUUAUUCAUAACACAACAACCAAUAACCAGUAGAGAAAAGCAAUUGACACUCCUACUGGCGGUACAUCUAACUUCUAUCGCUACAAUACAAUGAUCAGUUCUUUGUAAGCAAAAGCGACAAGCAAGUUGAAACUCUGAUCACAGUUUGCCACUACAUUUUGCUAAAUCGAAGGCAAAUAAAUUCAAUUAACAGUCGCAAAAUUAUAUAUCCAUAAAUUCGUGUGCUCACGGAAACUUGUCCGCAUGAUGCCAAUCAUAGAAACCAUGGAACAUACGAAGAACAGUCCACCGGCCGUGAUUUGGUUUUUCUGUACCAUUACCGGCCACUGCAGUAUUGGGGUUAUUACUGGAAAAGAGCGAUUGUGGACACACUUGAGUGUAUUUGCCGAGCGAUAGUUCUGUGGUAUUAAAAUAAGCAGAUGGGAAACCGAGCCUCUCGACUGUUGUCCAUUGGAAGCGUAGAUGCCCCCGAUAAAGUUACAGGGCUAAGUGAAAUUGAAAAAAGGGCUAUUCAAGAAAACUGGAGAAUUAUUUAUAGAGAUCUAAAAGGAAACGGCGUGGAGUUGUUCGUAAGGUAUUUCAGUCGAUUCCCGGAGUUUAAAGAUGCUUUUGAAAGUCUCCGGGAUGUCAGGCUCCAAGAUAUUGGAAAAAGUCAUAAAUUAAGAGCUCAUUCCGUUCAAGUUAUGCAGUACCGCUCUGACUGCCCUGAUCGGUAUGGUCCCAUCGUGAAAAAAAAAUUGUGGAGUUUUGUUGGUAAUUCGUUUCCUGGUGAGAUUGCAGAUAACCUGAACGAUCCGGAUGUACUCGUUUCCCUUUUAAUGAAGACAGGAAGGAAUCACGCAAAAAGAGGAAUGCGACCGGAGCAUUUUACGACACUUCACACGACCACUGUAGAUUUCUUGGCAUUCAAGUUAGGGCACAAUUUCGGGCAUGUCCACAAAACAGCUUGGAACAAAAUGCUGGAAAUGGUUAUGAACAUCAUUCAGCAAGGGAUGACGGCCGAAGCGGACGACAACAAAUACAAAGAAAACCAGAUUGCUGCGUCAAAGCAUUCCGACGAACAGCACAUGGCAGCGGGAGAGCAUGCAUAACUGGUUGUAAACCGUAUUUUUGUCUUUGUGUAUUCAAGUUUUUGUUUGUAUUGUCCCACGAUGUAAAAAACGGCAAAGUUUUUGCGAGUAGGGUUCCUGGUUUUGUAUAUCCUGCUCAUUUUAAGAUGGAGAAAUCGAAGCUUCAGUCAGUCAUCAAGGCAA